CGGCGUCGUAUUUCAGCUGAGGUGGAUUGUUGUUUACAUCCACACAAAGAAGAAAAACUGUUUAUCAUCCAGUCACAUCUGCCCCUUCCUUUUGGAGCUGAAGGCAUUGAAAAAUUCCCAGUUUAUUUCCCCCACAAACGUACACUUCUCCAGGAACAGCCAAUUAAAUUCGAACAGCUGAUGAUAAUCAUUUCGAUUGUGUUGUUAUAGAAUUCCAAAAUAGUGCGGUGUGUGCUCGAUAAUUAUAAUUAAUCGGUGAUAUUCCCUAGUUUUUAUUUGGAUAUAUUUUUCUUGUGAAGUUUUUGAGAGAGAUCUAGUUAUGAAGGUGACGGUUACGACUCUUGGGGAUGAUAUUUUCGUCCUGGAUGUUAGUGAGGAUUUGGAGUUGGAGAAUUUUAAGGCAUUUUGUGAAAUAGAGUGCGGUGUACCAGCGCCUGAAAUUGUCAUUGCUUUUAAUGGCAGACCACUGAUGGAUGAUAAAAAAUCGUUGAAAGAUCAUGGUAUCAAGGACGGCGACGCUGUCAUUCUCCAGCACAUGCAUCAAAGUGGCGUUGACCUCAAUCCACAACCCAUAAAUGGAGCAGUGCCUCUCCUGGAUUUCAGCUCGAUCAGGAUUCCAGGGGCUGCCUCCAGCUCAUCAGCACCAGCUCAGAGAGCUCAAAAUCCACGGAGUGAAGAUGAUCCUGCAAUGAUUCGAGAUAUGUUUCUAGCUAAUCCUGAUCAGCUGGCUUUGUUGAAGCAAAAUAAUCCUAGACUGGCAGAUGCUCUCUUAUCUGGCAAUCUUGAUAAAUUUUCAGCAGUGCUGAAAGAACAGAUCAAAGUUCGCGAGGAACGCCAGGCACAGCGUCUCAGGAUGAUGAAUGCGGAUCCCUUCGACACCGAGUCCCAGAGACUCAUUGCCGAAGAAAUUCGACAAAAAAAUAUCGAAGCUAACAUGGAGGCAGCUAUGGAGUACAAUCCCGAGACAUUCGGCACUGUCGUGAUGUUAUACAUAAAUUGCAAAGUCAAUGGUUUUCCUGUUAAAGCUUUCAUCGAUUCAGGCGCACAAACAACUAUAAUGUCCCAGGCAUGUGCAGAGAGAUGUCACAUUAUGCGUCUGGUGGAUUCACGUUGGGCUGGUGUUGCCAAAGGCGUGGGUGUACAAAGAAUCAUCGGACGCAUUCAUAUGGUUCAGAUACAGAUUGGAAAUGACCACCUGACCACAUCCUUCAGUGUCCUCGAGGAGCAGCCGAUGGACAUGUUGCUGGGUCUAGAUAUGUUGAAACGUCAUCAGUGUUGUAUUGACUUGAAGAAAAAUAUUCUGAAAAUUGGAACAACAGGAACAGAAACGCCGUUCUUGACAGAAGGGGAAUUACCAGAGUGUGCAAGACUGAGUGGAACCAAUGAUGGGGGAGUAGAUGAAAGAGAUUACCAAAGAGUUUUGGAGGACAGUGUGAGGGAUGCGAAAAAAUUGAGACAAGGGCAGGACGGCCAAGGCACGAGUAAUGGAGCAUCAGUCUCCAGCAUCUCAACGAAUCCAGAGACGACGGUCUCGACGAGUGAUCCAUUCACAGAGGCUAAUGUCAAAGCCAUCGAGACUCUGGGCUUCCCCAGAGCCCAAGUUAUUGCAGAACUCCGUAGAUUCAAUGGUGAUGGAAUGCAGGCGACAGCUGCACUCUGCGCCAAAUCGUUGAAGUUCUGAAUGUACUUUCUCCACUGGUGGAGUUUAUAAUUGUGGGGAACAAUGGAAAUGACAUUGACUAUGGGAUUUGGGACUCUAGAUUAAUAUAACUUGUCUAUGAAAUCUACUGGAGCUAAUACUUAAAUGCUCAAUGAAUAUGAACGACUGAAUCAUUGUGUUCCGUGCAUGGGAUAAUAUCGUGAAAUUUCCACACCUGUACGCAUUUUUUUUCUGCGUUCAUUCAUAUGCGUUCAGUUCACGAAAUGAUCAAGUGAUAUUAAUUCAACAUCUUUAUUCACUUUACCACACUGCUACUGAUUUUUUUUUGUUCGGUAUAAAACAUGUAUUUACCCAGCGAGCAUUUGCCUAAGAGUUUCACGUGGAGGAGAAUUCAAAGUAAAAAUAACGACGGAAAAUGGGAGAUGGAAAUAAAUUGUUGUACUGAGAGA